UCUCUGUCUGUCCACACUGUGUCUACCCUGCACUCCAGACAAGCCCUCCUGCCGCUCAGUCUCUUUACAGUCACCGACCACUCAACUCCUGCCAUGACGACCAGGAAAACCACCAGCUACACUGUAAAGUCGUCCUCAGGCGGGGCGGCGCCUCGCAGCUUCAGCAGCAUGUCCUACUCCGGACCCAGCCAGGUGGCCUCUCGUCAGAGCUACAGCGUCCGGAGCUCCUAUGGGGGUCCCAGCCGGGGAAUGGGAGGUGGGUUCGGAGCCGGCGGUGGAGGCGGCAGCUACAUCUCCAGCUCCUCCGCCUACGGUGGCGGAAUGGGCUUGGGGAUGAGCAUGGGUGGAGGUGGAGUCCACACCCCCAUCACCGCCGUCCAGGUGAACAAGAGCCUGCUAGCCCCCCUCAACCUGGAGAUCGACCCCAACAUCCAGAUUGUCCGCAACCAUGAAAAGGAACAGAUCAAAGGCCUCAACAACCGCUUUGCCUCCUUCAUUGACAAGGUGCGCUUCCUGGAACAGCAGAACAAGAUGCUGGAGACCAAGUGGAACCUCCUCCAAGGACAGACCACCACCCGCUCCAACAUCGACGCCAUGUUCGAGGCCUACAUCGCCAACCUGCGCAGGCAGCUCGACAGCCUGGGCAACGACAAGAUGAGGUUGGAGGCAGACCUGCACAACAUGCAGGGCCUGGUUGAGGACUUCAAGAACAAGUAUGAAGAUGAGAUCAACAAGCGUACAGAGUGUGAAAAUGACUUUGUCCUCAUCAAGAAGGAUGUGGAUGAGGCCUACAUGAAUAAGGUUGAACUAGAGGCGAAGCUGGAGAGUCUGACCGAUGAAAUCAACUUCCUGAGGCAGAUCUAUGAUGAGGAGCUGCGUGAGCUGCAGAGCCAGAUUAAGGACACCUCUGUAGUGGUUGAGAUGGACAACAGCCGUAACCUGGACAUGGACUCCAUCGUGGCUGAAGUACGCGCCCAGUACGAGGACAUCGCCAACCGCAGCCGGGCUGAAGCCGAAACGUGGUACAAGAGCAAGUACGAGGAGAUGCAGACAUCUGCCACCAGAUAUGGGGAUGACCUCAGAGCCACCAAGACAGAGAUCGCCGACCUGAACCGCAUGAUCCAGAGACUGCAGUCCGAGAUUGACUCAGUCAAGGGACAGCGUGCUAACCUGGAGAACCAGAUUGCUGAGGCGGAGGAGCGCGGUGAGAUGGCUGUGAAAGACGCUAAGGCCCGGAUCAAGGAUCUGGAGGAUGCUCUGCAGCGGGCCAAGCAGGACAUGGCCCGCCAAAUCCGGGAGUACCAAGACCUGAUGAACGUCAAACUGGCUCUGGACAUCGAGAUCGCCACCUACAGGAAACUUCUGGAAGGAGAGGAGGACAGGCUAGCAAGUGGCAUCCAGUCCAUCAACAUCUCCAAACAGAGCACUAGCUACAACGCCUACCCCAUGGAGAGUGUUAACAGCAGCUACAGCAGCGGCUACUCCAGCGGCUUCUCCGGCGGAUACGGUGGAGGAUACGGUGGCAAAAGCUACAGCUCCGGUAGCGGCUAUGGCAGUGGCAGCGGCAGCGGCUAUGGCAGUGGCAGCGGCUACGGCGGCGGGAGCAGCAUCACAACCCAGAACAAGAAGAGUGUUGUCAUCAAGAUGAUCGAGACCAAGGACGGCAAAGUCGUCUCCGAGUCCUCCGAGGUGGUUGAAGAUUGAGCUGGUUAAUAGUCACCGUGUUUACUUUCUCGCUCCGCAUUCUACUGCAGUGUAAUAAUUGAAGUCAAAGGCAAAGCAACGCUGCGUUAGCACAAAUAGAAAUGUGGCUGUUAAAGCAAUAAAACAUUUUUGUUCCUACCAAAGAUUUGAAAUGGACCAAAGAAUAUUUUUCUCGUUCACACUGUGUGCCUUAUGCCUUUUCUAAUUACGUACUAACACAUAACACCUGCCGUUUGGUCAACGAUAAGUAAAUAACCAGAAGGGCAAGUUGCAACUAGUAGAACAUUCCCUCCAAACCUUGGUAGCCGUAAAGAGGGCUAUUCUCUGAAGUUUUUUUUUUGCAUAAAAUGGACGACAAUGUCCCAAGUGUUAUUAAGAGGGAAUAAUACAAUUGAUGAAUGUAACAAUGCAACAGGAGAGUUUCCUGUCAACAUGUCUGAAAUGUCUGCUCGGCUAAAUAGUAGUGCAUGUUUUCCCUGUUGUUCCUCUGUUGUUCUCAAAAGAAGAUGCCCACUUUGCCUGAGGUGCUAUUUUUGCCACCAAUUAAUAAAAUGUGUUUAAAGAGAA